CCAGAGAAAGGUUUUUUGAUUUUUACCUCCUGGAAUCAAACCAUAGGGCCUUCCCCAGUCGAGCACGCCACUGCAUGUGUGCGCGCACAAUUUCAUUCGCCGAAUCCCAAUCAUCUUCAAGUCCCCAGGCCAGCCCGCCUCUGGAACCAGCCGGAUCUUACAUCUCUCGUUUUGUUUGUGGUGAAAUAAAAAUAAAAAUCCAAAGUUACGGAAUAAAAAAUCCAGGGACUUUUUGUGAUUCAGCAUUGUUGGUGUGCAACUUGGAGUCAGUUCUUGCUUCUGAGGCUCUUAUCUCUCAUCACUCUGAUUGGGCUUGCUUUCUCCUUCGAUUCAUGCACCAAAAGCGACUGAUGGGCAUCUCCCAACAUUCGAUGUUCAUUCGAAAUCCGCAUUUGGAGAAGAUUUUUUCGUCUGGAAACGAGGGACUCUGCUUCGUGAUUUCUUUGCUUUGAUUUGGUUCUCUCUGCUGGGGUCGGGUAACUCUAGCACAGUUCUGUAGUAGAACUGCAGCCGGGGGUUUAAAGUACCACAUGGGAUUGGGAUCAAUCUGCACGCCGAUAAAACAAGAAGAAGAACGAAAACGAGAACGAGUACGAUGGGAUCACAGUUGAAUCUAAUCGAGCAAUCCAUUAACGUUCAUUACUCGUACUGGGUUCGUGAAGCUCUCGAUGAAUUACCCGAUAAUUUCACCAUCACCGAUCCUUCCAUUUCCGGCCACCCUAUUGUGUACGCGAGUCGUGGAUUCCUGAAAAUGUCAGGGUAUUCGAAGGACGAGGUAAUGGGGAAGAACGGGAGGAUAUUUCAGGGACCCGGAACCAAUCGGAGAUCCGUGAUGGAGAUUCGCGAAGCAAUUCGCGAGGAGAGGACUAUCCAAAUAAAUUUGUUGAAUUAUCGAAAAGAUGGGACCCCGUUUUGGAUGUUGUUUCAUAUGAGCCCUGUUUUUAGCAGAGAGGAUGGGAGGGUGAUCCAUUUUGUUGCCGUUCAGGUGCCGAUUACGAGGAGGCGGCGGCGUUCGGGAAGUGGAUUUGGGAGAAACGGGAUUAAUGCGUGUGAAGAGGGGUCUAGGUCUCAUGAGAUUGUAUUUGGGUCCUGUCGGAGGGAGGUGUGCUCGGAUUCGGCUGCCGAAUUGAGUCGUGUAUUAGCUCGGGAUUUGGUUAUGGAUUCAGAUAAUGGAGAUCUUGAAGAUCCUUGUGAGGCUAGUGAUCUUGAGAGGCGAAAGGCUGGCACUGCCAUUAACAACAUCUUGUCUGUGCUAACCCACUACAGCGAGUCAACUGGCAGAUUGGUGUGUGGGAAGAGAUGCAGCUUAUCUGGGACAGGGCUUCUGGGUUCAUCCUUAAUUAUAUCUCUUGGUAGAAUCAAACAAAGCUUUGUAUUAACUGAUCCACAUUCACCUGACAUGCCCAUUGUCUAUGCAAGUGAUGCCUUCUUGAGAUUGACAGGUUAUUCUAGACAUGAAGUGUUGGGGCAUAACUGUAGAUUUUUGAGCGGGGUGGAUACGGAUUCCUCAACUCAGUUGCAGAUAAAGGAAAGCAUUCAAAAUGCACAACCAUGUACAGUACGUAUCUUAAAUUACAGGAAGGACAAGAGUUCAUUUUGGAAUCUUCUUCAUAUAUCACCUGUACGGAAUGCUUCUGGCAAGAUAGCUUAUUUUGUUGGAGUUCAGAUGGACGAAGGUAGCAAUAACCAGGAUGGACAAGGUUUAAGCAUUGAUAUGAGGCGGCUUAGUGUGGUAGGAGCUGUCAAGGUUGCUGUGAGGAGUUUGUCAAUGGGUGCUGGCCCUUCAAAGGCAUAGGAUCAAUGACUACACCUAUUUUAUUUGCUGUGGAUUCUGGAUUUAUUUAUAAUGUUAUCUUGUUCAAAACUGUAAUCCAUUGCAUUUGUAAUCUCAUCUUGCAAUAGUUUGAAAAGGCAGAAUUCGGGAGGAUAGUAGAAAUGUGGGUCCUCUAAUGUCAAACUCAAACUCACAUUGUUAAUAUAUAAAAAGGUUUCAAUUUGAAGUUGAAACUGUAGCUCAUGUGAAA